AUGUCUACAAAGGCAGCCCUGAAGUCUAUUCGGACCUCUUUGGAUUCUGGAGACUUCGAGCAGGCCGCUGGGAAAGCGAGAGAGUUUUGCGAUAAAGAGCCGAAGAACUAUCAUGCACACGUGUUCUUCGGACUUGCGCUUUAUAAAUUAAAUGAUAUCGAGGGGGCGGAGGCUUCAUAUCGAAAGGCAAUUUCAAUUAAGGACGAUGACAGAACAGCUUGGCAGGGCUUACUGACGUUGUAUGAAAACCAAGGUGGGAAGUCUUUGGAUCAGUAUCGCAAAGCGGUGACAAGACUAUGUCAGAUACUAUCUGCUGCCGAUGAGAAAGCUAAAUGCCAAGCUGCCGUCCAGAAAUAUGUUACGCUGGCUAGGAAACUUGGUUCUAAGUUGCAAUACAAACAGGCUUUAGAGCUUCAACUACCCACUAGCUUUCUGUAUGAUAUUCUCGAGGGCACCGUCCCUCAUCCAUCCCAGAUAUAUCUUCGUAUAAUAGAGUUAUGCGAAGCCGAAGAAAAGGAGUUUAUCAACAAAGAAAUUGGUGAGAGGCGGACUAGAUUAGGUGCCCGAAUUGACCAGGUGACUCUGGAAGUGAAACGUGAGGCCUUCCAACGAAGUGACUUGGAUAAUUUCUACCGUGAGAUUAUCAAUUGGUCCCAUGAUGAUGAAGUUCGCCGGAACUAUGAGGAAAAGCUGUUGCAGCGGGCUUAUGACUUUCUUCAAGUGCUCCCCACUGGGAAAAAAAAUGAAAAGCGUGAAGAAGUACUGCGUCUUGCGCGGGAAAUGGUCAUUAUCAAGCAUCCAUUUCUUCUUGCUUGGAAGAUUGUUUUGGAGUGGCAAGACGCAGAUGAUCUCGCAGAGUUAGAUCUCAACAUGCUACAGGAUUUUCUAACAUUAUUCCCUAAGGAGGGUUUAAGCAAAGUACUAAGUGGAUUUUUUGAAAGUGAUAUCUCUCCGUUUCCCAAAACACUGAAGUCGGAUGAAGAGAAACAGGAUGACCUAGACAAAACCGACUCAAACGAUCCCAACAGUCCAAUUACUUCUGGAGACCGCCUGCUAUUGAUGGCAGAGGGAUUAGAACAAUGUCCUGAUUCAAUUCUUGCUCACAGGAUUAUGGGGCAGUUCUAUCUGUCGCUAGACGAGUUCCAGACAACUGUUGACGUCUCUCGCAGAGGUAUAGCUGUCAUUACAGAUGUUCAAUGUACAACUGGACUAAAGCUGCGCAAUGUCGCCGACGCAGUGAAUAUUACUCUUGCCAACGCUUUAAUCACAUACCAAUCACCAAAGAACCACCCGGAAGCAAAACAGAUAUUUGAAGACAUAUUGAAGCGCAGACCUACGUUCACUAGUUGUCUUCUUGGGAUUGGCCUAAUUCUAGAAGAGGAUCAGGAUUACACCAGCGCAGUGGACUUUCUAGAACAGGCAUUGGAACGUGACCCUACUAAUAUUAAAGUAAAAAGUGAAUUGUUCUGGUGCAAAACUCAUAAUGGAGAGCUCCAGCUAGGAUUAGAUGGUUUGGAAGAAACUCUAGCCAUGAUCAAAUCAACAGGUACGCGAAACCAGGCUCUCAAAGCGGAGAUUUUGUACCGGAUCGGAUAUUGUCAGUGGGAACUAGAUCCUUCACCCGCGGCUAGGAAAGAUCGCACCAAGGCCUACGCCAGUUUUCUCGGUUCCAUACAGUCUAAUAUGAAUUAUGCACCAGCUUACAGCAGCCUUGGAAUAUAUUAUGCAGACUACAAGAAGGACCGACAACGAGCGCGCCGCUGCUUCCAUAAAGCUUUCGAGCUUUCCCCUGCCGAGAUAGAUUCUGCAGAGCGUCUAGCCAGGGAUUUUGCAGACCAGGGAGCCUGGGAUAUUGUCGAAGCAAUCUCUCAAAGAAUUGUGGAUUCAGGAAGAGCGAAACCUUCCCCGGGCUCGAAACGCAAGGGCCAUAGCUGGCCGUAUGCAGCCCUUGGUGUGGUAGAAAUAAGCAAACAACAAUAUCAGAAAAGUAUAGGGGCAUUCCAGUCAGCGUUACGAAUAUCCCCACUCGAUUACCAGUCCUGGGUCGGGCUGGCUGAAAGCUACCACAACUCUGGUCGUUAUAUCGCAGCCACGAAGGCGUUUGAGCAUGCAGAGGCAUUAGAGAUCAAUCUUCCAAUAUCUGAGAGGGGUCAAGUUUGGUAUGCGAAGUAUAUGCUUGCAAACGUGAAGAGAGAGCUAAGGGAAUACAAUGAAGCAAUUACGAGAUACGAAACAGUUCUGAAAAUAAAGCCUGACGAAUUUGGUGUCUCGAUCGCACUUCUGCAGACUCUCACUGAAAAUGCGUGGAAGUGUGUCACGUUGGGGUUGUUCGGUGAAGCGGCUGACUGUGCGAGGAAGGCUAUCAGAACGGGCAUGUCAAUCGCAAAGCGCCAUCCCGAUGCGUUCAACUUAUGGAAGUCAAUUGCCGAUGCGUUCUCCACCUUCUCCUGGAUUCGGGGAAAGGCAUCCUGCAUGCCUAUCACAGAGUACAAAAAGUUUAUUGAAAGUCAAACUGAUGUGGCAUCCUUCGAGUUGCUCGCAGAUGAAGAUGGUGUGAGGACAGACUUUGUUUCGCUGCUUACAAAGUCGAGCUCCGGAGAUGAUUUUUCACCAAACAUAUGUAUCCAUGCUGCGAUUCUUGCUCACAAACGUGCCGUGUCCAUAUCCGCUAGUGACAAACACGCACAGGCAAUAGCAUGGUAUAAUCUCGGAUGGGCAGAAUAUCGUGCAUACGUAUGCUUGGAAGAUGAUGUUAAGUCGAAAACAAACAAACCUUUCCUCAAAACAGCCAUGCGGUGUUUCAAACGAGCAAUCGAACUUGAGGCUGGCAAUUCUGAGUUUUGGAAUGCGCUUGGAGUAGUGACAACGUUCCUUAGCCCGAAAGUCGCCCAACAUUCGUUUGUCAGAAGUCUCCAUUUAAACGAUAGAAGUCCUCAAGUGUGGACGAAUUUAGGUGCGUUGUACCUUCUUCAUAAUGACCAUGAGCUUGCGAACGAGGCGUUUACGAGGGCUCAGUCAACGGAUCCGGACUUUGCCCAUCCGUGGCUCGGACAGGGCUUGCUUGCACUACUAUUUGGAGACGUAACGGAGGCCAGAGAACUCUUUACGCACGCUUUUGAACUAGGAAAUUCAGCAUUGACGUUCCCGAAAAGGCAGUAUGCAGUAUCAGUCUUUGAUUACCUAAACUCCGAUUCCACGAUGAAUGUAGAGCUUCAACAACUCAUUCAACCCCUUCUUGCACUCCACCAACUCCGUGUCCAAUCACCCUCCAACCUCCCAUUUCAACAUCUUUCAGCCCUGUUGGCUGAGAGAAUGGGAAGCUAUACCGCUGCUAAUUCGAGCCUUGAAAAUGUGUGCACCGCUUUAGAAACAGAGUAUAAAUCAUCAGAGUCAACGUCGUCAUUAUCACGCUUUGUUCAGGCAAAAGCAGAUGCAGCUCGGGUACAGCUAGCUCUGAUGGACUAUAAAGCUGCUGCUGAAAGUGCUGAGACUGCUCUAAGCCUAUCAUCCGAGGGUGGCAUAGAUGAGUUUUACCCUGAACUUAAUCAAAAGCUACAACUCUCAUCUCAUCUGACAGCCGGACUGGCUUACUUCUAUCUCGAAGACAUGGACAGGGCAAUUGACAUGUUCCGCGAUGCUUUGCAGGAAGCAAAGAGCUCACCUGAUGUAGUAUGUUUACUGGCACAAGUCUUGUGGGCUAAGGGUGGGGAAGAGGAGAGAGACGCAGCUCGGGUGCAACUUUUGGAUUGUAUCGAAAAGCACCCUACACAUGUUGGCGCGGUUACUCUUUUGGGUGUCAUAGCUUUAUUGGAUGCUGAUGAGGAUGCAAUCAAAGCAGUCGAAUCUGACUUGCAAGAAAUGCGAAUAAGUGAUGUUGGCAUCCACGAUCGGGUGAAAAUCACUAAACUCCUCGCAGGAAUUGUCAGACUUGGACUUGCAAAGCAGUCUGAUAGAACAAAAGAGCUGAGCCAGUGUCAAGAAGCUAAAACAUCCGUAAUGCUUGCACCAUACCAGCCACAGGGAUGGGCUGCACUGUCCGCAGCGUCUUCUGAGCCAUACCCAGCUGAAAUGGCAUUACAAACUGCACUCCAAAAUAUACCCCCCAAGGGAACACUUGAUGCAUCGGAGCUUUGUAAAUACUACGCCCAUUCUGGGCAUAGAGAUGCUGCAGUCAGAGCCAUAAUGAUAGCUCCUUGGGUAUCAGAUGGCUGGAAAGCACUUUUCCACUGUAUAUCAGAGUCAUAA